GGCGGAAGAUGGGACUUGCUACAUUAGGGGCACUGAUAUUCACCGAUACCACCCUGUCCCUUUUAUCUCCUCGUUUGGCAAGUCGGGAGAAUCCAAUACGAUGCUGCCUCCGCUUGGACUGAGUCUGCGUACACGAAUUGCACGCUUUCGACUAACCACUCUGAUGCUAAGUUCAACCUUUAACCAGGACGACUAUCCAAUUGAACGGCGUGGCCGCUUCGGGCUUUCUUUGCCGUCACCAAGUACAGGUGAUCGGCCAUGGCUGGGAACCAUUCUCUUACCUGUGCAAUAUCAUGCCAAAAUGGCACAAGACCACGAGUUCAUUAUUCUGUCGGAGAGCUAUGGAUUCAAUCAUCAGGAGAUGGCACCUGUGGCAGCCAAGAAAAUGAAUCCUUUCCAAGUAUAUGAUGUGAUGAUGAUAAGGAGGAUUGAAGGCGAAGAACUAGCGCGUUAUCGCGUCCAGCUUACGGCUCAGGUUACCGAAACUCUUUCUUCACAACUAUUGUAUGAUUCCUUGGAUGGGAAGAGUGUAGUUGAAAGAAUAGGGGUUGGGCGGAUGGUGAAAAGUGCAUGGGAUAGUGACGAUGACUGGGAGGAUUUCAUUAUUGUCUAAUAGAGAAGAUGUCCCCACAAGUCAGUCUAUAAAACUAUACUAACAUUACUAUAAAGAUCUCCGCAUGAAAUAGAUGACACCUAUAUUAUUC